UGCCAGACCCAGACCCAGACCGGAAACGCAAUGCCUUCUGGUAGUUUUAGUUCUCAAAGGAGGACGGUUGAACACCGCGAAGAACAAAACCACACUUUCACCAUCAUAAAUAAAACAUCAGCCUCUAAUCCAGCAUAAGAACGAGCCCCAGGACAGUUCGGGUGGAUUCGGUCGCCGCCCGGAGAACAUCGGCUCAGUUUUGGGUGAAAAAUAAACAGGAAGUCGUUAGCUUUGUGGGACGUGUAGUUCCGCUCGCAGGCCGCGGAGCUUGACAACAACGCGCAGAAUAAAGAAAAAACAAUAAAAAUAAUCGAAGCUUCGCCGCUGAGACUACACCGUCAGCAUCGGCGCGGAGGUAAACAUGCCCGGCUUCACCUGCUGCGUGCCCGGGUGCUACAACAACUCGCACCGGGACCGGGACCUGCGCUUCUACACGUUUCCUAAGGACACGGCGCUGAGGGAGCUGUGGCUGAGGAACAUCUCCCGGGCCGGGGUCAGCGGCUGCUUCAGCACCUUCCAGCCCACCACGGGACACCGAGUCUGCAGCGUGCACUUCGCAGGUGGGAGGAAGACCUACAGCAUCCGAGUGCCGUCCCUCUUCCCUCUGCGGGGCGUGAACGAGCGCAGGAGCCGGCGGGGCAGAGGCAGGAAAGUGUCCGCUGGGGUGGCUGCCCCCGGCGCCUCUGCGACCUCCGGAAUUGUCCUCACCAACGUGCUGGGCAACACGGCGGAAGGAGCUGAGGGCAUCACCGGCGGAGAGGCGAACGACGACACCAUCACCGUGGUGCAGAUCGGCCAGAACGGGGAGUACCUGGGCACCGCGCGGCUGCCCGCUCCAUCAGAGGGGACCUGUUACACGGCGCCGAUCGUUAGUGUGGACGAUCUCAACGCGGACGACUCGUCGGUAGAUGCCGCGUCCAUCCUGCACCAUCUGCCGAUGCAGUACGUCAGUGUGACCAGCAGCCCGCUGGACCACUCGUACUCGCUGACCACCGGCACCACGUCCACCGAGCUGCUGCGGAAACUGAACGAGCAGCGGGACAUCAUCGCACUGAUGGAGGUGAAGAUGAAGGAGAUGAAGGCGAGCAUCCGUCAGCUGCGCGUGGCCGAGGCCAAGCUGCAGGAGGAGGUGCGGGAGCGGGACCGGCUGCUGUACGGCAACUCGGUGGCUAUCAGCGUCCGGAAGAAAGUGUGAACGUUGAAACAUCAACGGAAUACAUCCGUUACAGAGACUCGGACUAAUGCAGAGAUCACCGAGGGGGUUGGAGACAGCAGAUCCAGACCUAUUUUGUAUAAAACUACGAGCGAUGAAAAUUAAAUUUUCAUCAAGUAGAGCUGAUUUUUCGUAGGCCUGAUGUUAAAAGAAAGCUGGCUGCCUAGUUUAUGUAGCUGAUAGUAAUAAGCUCAUUGCUAAUCACAUACAAACAUGAAAAGUCCACUAUUGACCUGCAGCCCAUCCAAGGUCAAAAUCGUGUUUUAUUCAUACAACAGGUUGGACGGACUUACCACAUAUUUACGCCAGAACUGAUGCUAAAAGCAGCCUAGUUGCAUUUAAAGUUUUUCUCCUGAAGCUUCUCUCUAACACAGUUUUAACAUUUGAACUGAAUUAGGUGUGUGCGGAAAAUCUCAUUAGCUUGUAGAGUUCAUAAGGUACAACAUGUUAAAGAAUCUAAAGGAUUUCAUUUUUUAACCAGAACACUAUCCUUGGCUCAUUUAUGCUGUUGGUCAUAAAACUUAUAACUUUAUCUGAGUUGCCUUCAAAGUUUUUUUACUUUUAAUGCUGACAACAUCUGCACGACCAGAAAGUAAACUUUAAUGAAUUCCUUAAGACUUGAAAGGGCACUCAAAAGAUGGAAUCCUAUUAAAGGAUGCUGGUUGCAUUAAGUCAAUUUUGACUUUUUUCCUUUUUCCUGAAGAAAUCUUAAGAGAAGAACCAAGAAAAUCUUUUCUCAAGAUUCUUUAUGCAACUGAAAUAUAUACGUCUGUCUCCGAGGUUUUUCAGCGAAACUGUGCCUGUGUGAUCCGUGUGAUUUAUUAUUGUAUGUGCCUGUUUAUUGUCAGAUUGUUUUUCUCUCUCACAAAACAUUAGUGGCUGCAUCUCUCUGUCCUGAUCAGGAGCAUUUCAUGCACUGGAGAUCAGGCACAUUUAAGACUCUUCAACUUGGUCCGACAGCUAUGGUCUGCCCUCAUUUGAAGGAAAUUUAAUUUUGGCACCGACUAAUUUCAGAUGUGUCCUGACUUUGUCGAGUGUCACAGUAACGAAACAGACUAUGUCCGAGAUUCCUGGGGUACUCAAUGUUUUUAUCUUUGAGUAAAAACCCACAGGGCUGCACUUAGAGCUUUUGUUUGGACUCUUUAUAGGAAAGAUGAAAUAAAAAAAAAAAAUUAAAAGUU